CUUAGCAGGCUAGACAACAUACAUUUAACAGCUACAGCACGGUAUCAGAACUCCCACUAAUCGUUCUGUGUCAAAGUAGGAGAGCGUAACACUAGGACUAGAACCAGGAGAAAAGAGACAGGCGACAAAACAGGAAAAUUACUGGAAUAGUGUGGUCAGCACAAUGGAAGCAACGUCCUCAUUGUUAAAGUCUGUGUCCCGUCGUGUGUGGUCUCCUCCGCAGCGGCCAUUUCGGGUGUGCUCUCAGGACCGGGAGACGAGGAAAGGGGUCACUGCGGCGACCCUAGAGGAGCUGAAGGAAAAGGUGUCCCAGGUCCUGAUGUUGUCCUCCCUGAUAGCUCUGGUAUGUGAAGAGGACGGGACUGAGGUUGACUCAGACGAUUUCCUCAUGACGUUGCCUGAUAACACGGUGUUCAUGGCCUUAGAACAAGGGCAAACCUGGAGACCCCACCCCUUACAGAUCCCUCCGAGAGGAGCCAUUUCGAAAGUGUCGAACGACAAACCCCGGACCGGUCGUGACAUCGCGCGGGUGACCUUUGACCUCUAUCGCAUGAACCCAAAGGAUGUGUUUGGGUCUUUGAGCGUAAAAGCGACCUUUCAGGGCCUAUACUCAGUCAGUGCUGACUUCAAGUGUCUGGGGCCAAAGAAAGUUCUGAGGGAGGCCCUGAGAGUUGUCUCCACCUUUCUUCAUGCAGCAGGUCAAAUGCUCAUCUCCUCAGCAACUAUCAUUCGCCGAAUUAUUCAGGGGGCAGAGUUUCUUCAACCUCGUUAUGAAGACCAAGCCGUCCAAGGACAGUACUGGAACUGAUAUAAUCACAACGAGCUAGUGACCUCUGUCCAAUAAGCCAAGUAUAAAAUGAGCAGAAACUGAACCUAGAGACUAAUUCUUGGCUCUUCCCUUUUUCUUAUGAGGUGAGCUUCCCUAAUACUUGAACGUUGGGGUAAUUUGAACAUUCAAAAGAAGGACAGUCAGCUUACUUUCAUUACAUUCAUGGCUGUCAAUGUGAAUAUUUUUAAGCUAGGUAGAGAGAUUAUAGCCAGGUAAUUUAUGAUAUAUUCAUUUAUUGUAAAAACUGUCUUCCUGUUUGACUUUAAAUCAGUGAAUCUACACUUAAACAUUCCUCACAUUCAAUGAGUGUAAUUGUGUUUGUAUAAAUAUUCUGGAAAUUUGUCACGUGUUGGUUUAUGUUGUGUUCAUUAAUUGUUGUGUUGGUUUAUCUAAACAACAUGAAGAAAAUGACCUAUUUCCUAAGUGUUAUUUAUUAAAAUUGUUCAGCCAGAUAAAUUAAAUUAAAAGGUAUCUUGCAGGAAACUACUACAAAAGAGAGUAUCUAGCACAAAGACAAUCUGUUCCUCCAAAAUGAAUAAAAACCCCAAAGAAAUGUAACAAAUACUCAUUAAACAUCCCAUUGAGUCAGUCA